CCUCGCCCAGACUCGCAGUUCCUGCAGCCUCCCGAUCGGGCAAGGGGACGAGCUGCCGAGCCAUGGAGGAAUUCAAGGCUCGCUCCUUCGUCGCCUUGUCUCCCUCGGCUGAUGAAAUUUGACUAAGAAGGCACCAUGGAUAAAGUCGAGGUCGAUGGGAACUUCAUUGCUUCUGGUAAUUGGAAGCUGCAUGGAGCACUAUGUAAGCAACUUCACAAAAUAGUUCUUGAAGUUUUGGAUGCUAUUCCGGUCCUUGAGGCUACAAGGCCUAGAAACAGUUCCGGACUUCUUGCAUUGAGUUCCUUGCGUAUAGCUGUUGAGAAGGCCAAGAAUCUACUUCAGUAUUGCUCAGAAUGUAGCAAGUUUUACUUGGCCCUUACAACAGAAAAUGUCAUCACAAAAUUUGAGAAAGCAAGAUAUGCACUUCUGGAGAGUCUUCACCAACUGGAAGAAACACUUCCAGAGGCAACCAGUUCUCAGAUACAAGGUAUCGCAACUGAUCUGGAGAAAACAGUUUUUUGUUUGGAUCAUAUUCAAAGACAAGUUGGUGCGGACGUGAAUCAACUAGUUCAGAAUGAAGCAAAAUCCAAUGGGUUCCUUGAUGACAAUGAACUUGAAUUUUUCCGGCAAACUGCUUUUCGGAUUGGCAUUGCAUCAUCAGCAGCAGCUCUUACUGAGAGAAGAGCGCUUAGAAGGCUACUUGAGAGGGCUCAUGCAGCGGAGGAUAUGAAGAAAGAAUCAAUUGCAUCUUACCUACUGCACCUCAUGAGGAAAUACUCAAACCUUUUUAGGAGUGAAACGACGGAUUUUACCAACUCCUCUCUGUGCUCAAGCCCUUCUUGCUCUUCCAGUUCACUGUCCAGCUCGAUCGAUCUCCCUGGAAAUGUCCAUGCUAUCGAGAAGCCGAUGUCCAGGGUUGGCUCCUUUAAUCUCAGGCAGAUCAAAGGCUUGUCAGGCAGCAUGCCAUUGCCACCCGAGGAACUCAGGUGCCCGAUCUCCUUGCAGCUCAUGUAUGACCCUGUCAUUGUUGCAUCUGGUCAGACAUACGAGCGGGCCUGCAUUGACAAAUGGUUUAGCAGCGGCAACACAACCUGCCCAAAGACUCGCAACGAACUGUCCCAGCUCUCCAUGACGCCCAACUACUGCAUCAAGGGUUUAAUAGCGUCCUGGUGCGAGCAGAACGGGGUUCUAGUUCCAUCAGCGCCACCUGAUUCUCCCAAGCUCAAGUACCUGCGGAUAUCAUCCCUGACAAGUAGCAAAUGCCUCGUGACCAACGGUGUCAGCACGAUCUUGUUCGAGGAUGCAAAGGACGAGGCCAAGGUAGGCAGCAAGGUUGCUUCGGAGAAGUGCACUCGCCAGAACUCCGGUGAGGCUCCAUCAGAGAUAUGUGAAGUCGAGAUCUCGCCGGAGAAGCGCCCUCGUGGGAACUCCGGGAAGGUUGCACGGGCGACAUGUGAUCUCUGGGUUCGCGCGCUGAGCAAGGACUACGAGGGGUGUGUCGACGAGCAACGUGAGGUGAUCGAGCAGAUCAGGUUCUUGCUCAAGGAUGACGGCGAGCUCAGGAACUGUGCGGGUGCUAGUGGCAUUACCGAGCUACUCAUUCAAUUUCUGGAUAAGGCUCUCUGCAGAGACGAUUUUCAGUGUCAGGUGGUUGGAACAAUGGCUCUUUUCAACCUUGCGGUCAGCAAUGACAGGAACAAGAAACAGCUGCUCUCAGGUGGGGUUAUCCCCAUGAUGGAGCAGAUGAUACAGAUGCCUGAAACCUACGAGGCUGCCGUCGCGAUGUACCUGAACCUCUCCUGCCUCCCCGAGGCGCAGGUGAUCAUCGGCCAGAGCAAGGCCACGCCUGUCCUCAUCAACGGCCUGCGAGAAGACGGCUACCGGAGCAGGACCUGCUGCCUCGACGCCCUCCUGACGCUGUACAACGUGUCGCUGCAGCCGUCGAACAUCCCGACCCUCAUCGCCGCCGGCGUCAUCGAGAGCCUCCACGGCGUCCUGGCGCCGUCCUCCCCGAUGACGGAGAAGGCCCUGGCCGUGCUGAUCAACCUGGCGCUGACCCGCGCCGGCAAGAAGGAGAUCGCGGCCAACUCGGACAUGGUGGGCGCCAUCGUCGUCAUCCUCGACAACGGGGAGCCCGCCGAGAAGGAGAAGGCCGUGUCCUGCCUGUGGAUCAUCUGCAGCGGCGACGAGGGCGGCAGCCUGAUGGUGCUCCAGGAAGGCGUGAUCCCGGCGCUGACAGAAAGUGAAUCUGAGGCAGGCAGGCUUAUUGACGAUCUUGACCUACAAGGCAAACUACAGUAUCCUAACUCCCAACACAAGCGUUACAUCGUCAAAGAUGGAGCACCGACACUGAUUCCCUCAGACCCCAUUGGGCUCAUGAAAAGCACUGUUCUUUCUACAAAAUCAAAGCUUAAGUUGUUUCUGGAGCCAUUUCUCUACGAGAAAUCUAGCAAAAGAAACUCUGGAAAAGUGUCUGAUGAGCAUUUAAGUGAGAGUGUUGCAAGCUUCUUUGAACGUCACUUUGGAAAAGAGGUUGUAGACUAUCUUAUCGAUCCAUUUGUGGCUGGAACAAGUGGAGGAGAUCCCGAGUCACUAUCAAUUCGUCAUGCAUUUCCAGCAUUAUGGAAUUUGGAGAAUAAGUAUGGCUCUGUCAUUGCUGGUGCCAUCUUGUCCAAACUAUCCACUAAGGGCGAGUCAGUGAAGACAGGAGGUGCAACGCCUGGGAAAGGAAGGAAUAAACGAGUGUCAUUUUCAUUUCAUGGGGGAAUGCAGUCACUAAUAGAUGCACUUCACAAUGAAGUUGGAGAUGGUAACGUGAAGCUUGGUACGGAAGUGUUGUCAUUAGCAUGUAGCUGUGAUGAAAUUUCUUCAUCUGGUGGUUGGUCAAUUGCGGUGGAUUCAAGAGAUGCUAAAGGGAAAGAUCUCAGAAAGAACCAAUCCUUUGAUGCUGUUAUAAUGACUGCUCCAUUGUCUAAUGUCCAGAGGAUGAAGUUUACAAAAAAUGGAGCUCCCUUUGUACUUGACUUUCUUCCUAAGGUGGAUUAUCUUCCACUAUCUCUCAUGGUAACAGCUUUUAAGAAGGAAGAUGUCAAAAGACCAUUGGAAGGAUUUGGCGUCUUGAUUCCCUACAAGGAACAGCAAAAGCAUGGUCUGAAAACCCUUGGAACUCUUUUCUCCUCGAUGAUGUUUCCAAAUCGAGCUCCUAAUGAUCAAUAUCUAUAUACAUCGUUCAUCGGGGGAAGCCAUAAUAGAGACCUUGCUGGAGCUUCAACGGCUAUUCUGAAACAGCUUGUGACCUCUGACCUAAGAAAGCUCUUGGGUAUUGAGGGACAACCUACUUUUGUAAAGCAUGUACAUUGGGGAAAUGCUUUUCCUUUAUAUGGCCGCAAUUAUGAUUUGGUAUUGGAAGCUAUAGCAAAAAUGGAGAAAAAUCUUCCAGGGUUCUUCUAUGCAGGAAAUAACAAGGAUGGGUUGGCUGUUGGAAAUGUUAUAGCUUCAGGAAGUAAGGCUGCUGAGCUUGUAUUGUCGUAUCUUGAAUCUCACACAGAUCAAGACAAUUAACGUUUAAGGUAUCUUACCUGUCUUUAAGCAACGGCAGACCCCCCCCCCCCCCCCCCCCCGGUUCUCUCUGGCCCUUUCUAUGUAGUUUUGAAACAUUCACAUUAUUUCCAGUUUCGUUUUUUUUUGUGCUGCAGUAUAUCCAUUCAUGUAAAGAUGGGAAAAUUUUAAAAUACAUUCUGUUGGCUCGAAAUGCUCUUAUGUUGUUUUGAACAAUCAUCCUUGUCAUGUACUGUUUUGAUGACAAAAUAAAUUUCUCAAAGUGUUCUCAGAA